AUGGCCUCUUCACCGUCCCCGGCCUCCUCCACCACCAGCGCGAGCUCCCAAAGGUCGCUGCAUCAGGACCGGCCCCAAACUCUUGAGGAUCUUGUGACCCACUUCGUAGCCUCGAAACGCUCACUGCAGACGCAAACAAUCCUAUGGCGCGCCAACGGGAUCGUGACCUCUGCGCGCGAGUUGCUGGAGGAGAACGCUAUUCUUGCAGCUAAGAAUAUGUCCAUUCGGAACAUUGUGAAUGAGCAGGUCGAUGCGCUGGAGGCUGUUCGCCGUGGUAUAGAUGUUGUAGAGGCGGAUGUGCAGGCCGAAUUCAAGCAACUUCUUCAUGACCUCGAUACCUCGUUCGCUGGCCUGAAGUCCACCCUCGCCGUCUUGCGAGAAACGCCGAUCGAGUCCGCUCUCCAGCCCUCCGGUACGCCGCAGAAGCACCUCUUUGAUUUCAUUGAUAAUACGACCGUUACCGCCUUGGAGAACUCACUUAGAGCCUGCAUAGACAGGUACAAUGAGGCCCGCUCAAGCCUUGAAGAGAGCACUGACGCUUUCGAUACCUCGCUCGAGAACCUGAAUUCCUCUAUUGAUAACGUCCCGAAGACGCCCGUCACAAGUCCCACCCCGAGCCCCAUACCUAGCUUAUAUCGCGAUCUCGAAGGACAUGCGAGAGAGUCUGCACAAGCUUUCCAAUCUCUAGUCAAGCAUUAUGACCUGUGCGUGACUGCCCUGCGGCACACGGAAGGAGGUGCGGCUGCUGUAACACAGGCCACCGGAGAUGUGUCGUUACCCUCAGGCGACGAUCAUGGCCCACCUCCGGACCCGAUUUCGGAAGAAGAGCGCCAGGAGAUGCUGGGUGUGCUGGGAAGGGACGCCCAAGAAGUUGAAGAUGUUGUGACGGAGAUUCGCGAACACGGCUCUGAGAUGUCGUACCUGCUAUCGCAAAUCGACGUUCACAUCGCUCAUCUACGGAACGAAGACUCGGCACUCGGCAGUAUCCUCAAGAUGAUAGCGAACAUUGCAACAGAGGUCAAAGGCCACAUUGCCACCUCCAGAGCCUUCCAUCGUUCUUGGUUGGAGGACACGCGACCUACACUGCUGAACGGAAUAGAAGAGUGGGAGAGCCAGCGAGAUUUCUACGAACGAUUUGACCUGGCAUAUGCUGAGCUUUUGGUGGAGAUUUCGUCACGAAGGCGAAGGUACGAGAAAGCGAAGCGGAAGGCCGAGGAAGCACAGAAAGAACUGGACAGGUUGCAUGCUGAGGACGAGCGCGCACGUGAGCAGUUCACGCUCGCUCAAGGAGACUUCUUGCCACUAGAUAUCUGGCCUGGUUUGAGGGACCCACCCAGACGCUACGAAGUGCGCGCCGUUCCUAUAUCGCAAGAACAAGAGCUGGAGGAGGUUGAGGAGGAUCAGGAUACCGAUCUCGUCGCCAAGAGUAUCCCGCAGCUAGGACGCAAUGUCGUAGAGCGUGCUUUGGUCAGGGUGAAAAGAAGGAUGUGA